AUGGUCAUAGGAAUCGGGAACGGGACGGUCAACAUUCAUCAAUUCCUCUGUGAUCAAUUAAUUGUGGAACCUUCUUCUACUGUGAAGUUGUAUUCUCCUGAAGAGUUGGGUAUCCGGCAGAGAGCUACAGCUAAGAAAAUCAACGGAUAUUUAGAUGAUGAAUCAAUCGAAUUGAACAAAUAUCUUCAAAAGACAAUGCCAUUUGCCAUUAUGGGAUCGAAUGCACCCGAGGUUGAAAACGGUGAAGGAAACGGAAGUGCCAACGCUAAUGCAGGUACAAGUAUUGCCAGCGAUAUUAAUAGGGUGCAAAUCACUAAAGAAGAAUGGCUUCCAGUAAAAUCUCAGGAGGACGAGCAUUCUGUGUGUACGUCCGAGAUGGAUCCUAAGGAAGAGCAGAUUAAAUUAGAGGAGGAAAUUGAAAGCAUUCGAACAAAGGGUGCAAAGAGAUUUACUAUUGAAAAGGAAGGAAAUUGA